AUGGGUGAUCAGAACAAGGACGCAGCAAAGCGCGAGAGCAAACGCUUGCAUAUGCGACAGAGUCUAGAUGCAAGCUUUGGCGACCCGCUCGAAGGGUUCAAAACACCUAUUGCAGCUCGCCAGAUUAGCAAGAGUAUCGACGACGAAUCCGCAGAGCUGGAAGGACGAAUCCGCAAGAUCUCAGACUCCUCAGACGAGCUAAUCGGCGACGGAGAAGAGAGAACGACAACGUACAUCAAUCAACGACAAGCAGUGGUCGAUGCAGUUGAAAAACAUAUCAAUAAAGCCCGCAGAAUCCUCAGCGAAGAACGCACUCAACUACUAGCGGGUCCCCGAAGAAACGAGCUCAAGAGGGCGUUGAGAGAACUCGAUGAAAGUGACAGCAUGCUACUGAAUGAGAGGACUGCACUGGCCGCCCACCGAAUUCGGGUCAAGUAUAGUGUACUUGGUCACCCGAGCAAUGUCAAGAUCGGUGAGGCGUAUCUGAUGGCCAUCACUGAAAACCUUCCUGAACCGGCCGAGGCAUCCUACCGAAAGAAACAUGCAAGAGCCAGUGCAGAUCAGACGUCUUUCCGCAACCGGUUGAUUAAGGCAUACAACGCCAAAGGGUCCAAGAUAUUGGAGACGCAACUGAAGACUCCCACUGUAUUCUUGAAACAACCAGAGAUUUGGUGUCCCGUUGCCGGAGAAACGUUCAAAGCAUCAGAGAUGAAAGCAGCUCAUAUCGUCCCCUAUUCAAUCGGCGAAACAAACGCUGCGUACCUAUUCGGAUCCGAAGUGAGCGCGGGAUACGACGUACUCUGGUCCGAAAGCAACGGUCUUAUGAUGAACGAGGUCCUCGAAGAAAUCUUCGACGACGGACGAAUGGUUAUUAUACCCGAUCCAGCAGACAAAAACGAGUUCAUCAGCAUCAUUUUGUCUCAAGCUCUUCUGAAGGAUAGUAGGCUGUGCCCAGCAAUUGAUGCGCCGUACAGCGCUCUGCAUAAGAGACGACUUCAGUUCCAGACAGGGGCAAGGCCCGGAAAACGAUACCUCUACGUGCAUGCGUUGUUGUCCCUCUUUCGACGUCGUCGGUUCGACGUGCCUGGUUGGGAAAAAGACCGGCAGCAGAUAUUCACCGGGCAGAUCUGGGCCACGCCAUCGAAAUGGGCACGAAGGAGCAUGAUUCAAGCAAUUGCUUUGGAAUAUGGAGACGUCUGGGAAGGCGCAGAGGCGGUCAGUGGCCUUGGAGAAUUUGAAGAUGCAAUGUCACCUGAGCAGGAGAAGGGUGUAGCCAUAGUGGUGAGGUAUGCAUGGGAGAACCGAGCUGGAAAGAUGGAGGACGACGACGACGAUGACGGUGACGACGGUGACGACGGUGACGACGACGAGAAGAUGUCAUAA